AUGGGACUCAGCAAUAAUGAUGAUGCUAUGAAUAAAAUUCCUUUAAAAUCAGUGACAGAUGAUGAGAAAAAUGGCGGUGAAUUUAUACAUGACACAGCAACAGCUGAAGAAGCGAGGAGGGAACAAAGGAGAGUGAAAUUAUUAAAUUUAAUGAAAAAAUUAACAAUAGGCAUCAUAUGUUUUAUUGGCAUCGCCCUAAUCAGUUAUGUUAUCAUCAGCUUAUGUUUUAGUGAUGAUAACACUACAUCAACAGCUACAUCCGCAAAUAAUACACUAACAAAUGAAACACUUGCUGCUUCAAUAGUGGGCACAACACAAGCCGAUUCAGUUGCAGCUGCUGCUGAUGACAUUGCCACUUUAAAUGUUACCCAACCCACCGAUGUGGCAGCAUCAGCAACAGGUAAUGAUGCAGUAACAAAAGCCUCUCUAGAUGCUGCAGCUACCGUAGCUUCACCAGCCAUAACCACCGUCACCACGGAGGUUCCUUUACUCAGGGAUAUACCCAUUUUGGAGGAAAAUUUCACCUCAACAUUGGGUGUUUUCCAACAUGCUGCCGUGUGUUCAGACAAACCUCUUUGCAGUAAAAUUGGCAGUCGAAUCCUUCAAGAUGGUGGCAGUGCUGUAGAUUCCGCUAUUGCAACACUACUAUGUGUUGGCAUAACGACCUUACAGAGCAUGGGUAUCGGUGGCGGUAUGCUCAUGAAUAUCUAUGUUAAAAGUCACAAACAAGCCUUUUCAGUCGAUGCCAGAGAAGUAGCACCGUUCGCCACUACUCAAGAUAUGUUUAAUGAUGACAUUAAAUUAUCCUUGCACGGUGGUUUGUCUAUAGCAGUGCCCGGUGAGCUGAUGGGUUAUGAAAGAGCUCAUAGUAAAUUUGGUAAACUGCCAUGGAAAAAGUUAGUGGAACCUUCAUUGAAACUGUGUAAGGAGGGUUUCUAUAUGACAAAACAUUUACAUGCAGCCUAUUCGAGUAAAUUUAAUAGAACAAAAAGUGAUGAGAUCUUAAGCAAAGUCUUUGUUAAUGAGACCACACAAAAUGUGCAUCCUAUUGGCACGAAAUUAUAUCCCCUACCGGAAUUGUGCAACACUUACGAAUUAUUAGCCAAUAAUGGAGCCCACGAUUUCUAUAAUGGCACUUUAGCUAGAUUAGUGGCUGAAGAUUUGAAAGAUUUGGGUAGUUUGGUUACCUAUGACGAUUUGGAAUCCUAUAGAGCCGAUUUAGUUAGUUCGGUUACCAUGCAAUUGGGUAACGAUAUUUUGUACGCUGUACCACCGAUUAGCAGUGGCACUAUUGUCGCCAAUGUAUUGAGUAUUUUAGAAGGUUUCAAUUUUACAAAAGCCGAUUUGCAAGACAAUGAACAUCGUGCUACCACCAUACAUCGUAUUGUAGAGGCUUUGAAGUUUGGUUACGCUAAACGUUGGGAAUUGGGAGAUAUGAGAUUUAAUGAUGUUAGAGAGUUGGUCAGCCGUUUGACUAAUCCCGAAACCGGCAUUCAAUUAAGGAAACUUAUUAAUGAUACCACAGUUUUGAAAUCUGUACACGAUUAUGGUGCUCAAUUUUCGGAUGAAGAUGAUAUCGGUACUAGUCCUUUAGUAGUUAUGGCUCCCAACGGAGAUGCUGUGUCGGUCACAUCAACCAUUAAUGACUACUUCGGUGCCGGCGUUGUUGGUAAACGUACUGGAAUUGUUUUCAACAGUGCCAUGAAUGAUUUCUCUACGCCCGAUCAGAAGAACUUGUUUAAUUUACCACCCUCGCCUAGCAAUUUCAUAGAUCCCCAAAAACGUCCUAUGUCCUCUAUGUCGCCCAUGAUUUUAACCGAUCAAAAAGCUAAUGUCCGCUUGGCGUUGAGCGCUGCUGGUGGUUCAAAAAUUAUUUCAGCUAUUGUUGAUGUUAUGACAAGAGUUUUUGUGGUUUGAGCAAAAUAUUAAAGA